CCCUCCGCCAGCACUCGCCGCCGCCGAAACCCUGGCACAAAAGAUUGGCAAGUCGACGCGCCGGCCCGGCGCGUCGUCCAAGGCAAGGGUUUACGCCGACGUCAACGUCGUUCGCCCUAAAGAAUAUUGGGACUACGAGACCCUCAACGUCCAGUGGGGGGAGCAAGAUGAUUAUGAGGUGGUGAGGAAGGUGGGAAGAGGGAAAUACAGUGAGGUGUUUGAGGGUGUUCACUGCACCGAUAACGAAAAAUGCGUCAUAAAGAUCCUGAAGCCUGUGAAGAAGAAGAAGAUCAAGAGGGAAAUCAAAAUUUUACAGAAUCUUUGUGGGGGGCCCAAUAUUGUAAAGUUGCUCGACAUUGUUAGAGACCAGCAGUCAAAGACCCCAAGCCUUAUAUUUGAAUAUGUUAAUAACACUGAUUUUAAAGUGCUUUAUCCCACAUUGUCAGACUAUGAUAUAAGAUAUUACAUCUAUGAACUUUUAAAGGCACUAGAUUACUGCCACUCUCAAGGAAUUAUGCAUCGGGAUGUAAAGCCACAUAAUGUGAUGAUUGACCAUGAGCAGCGAAAACUUAGGCUUAUAGAUUGGGGGCUUGCAGAGUUUUAUCAUCCUGGGAAAGAAUAUAAUGUUCGCGUUGCGUCCAGAUAUUUCAAAGGCCCCGAGCUUCUUGUUGAUCUUCAAGACUACGAUUAUUCUCUUGAUUUAUGGAGUCUUGGUUGUAUGUUUGCUGGAAUGAUAUUCCGGAAGGAGCCAUUCUUUUAUGGACAUGAUAACUAUGAUCAACUGGUCAAAAUAGCGAAGGUACUCGGUACAGAUGAAUUAAGUGCAUAUUUAAAUAAGUAUCGCAUAGAGUUGGACCCACAUCUUGCAGCGCUUGUUGGGAGGCAUAGCCGAAAGCCAUGGACAAAGUUCAUUAUACGGUAUGAUCACCAAGAACGUCCAACUGCAAAAGAAGCCAUGGCCCAUCCUUACUUCAACCCAGUCAGAAAUGCCGAAAGUAGUAGAAAUCGAACAGAUUGAGUUGCUGUCAUUUGUUGAAAUAUGGUGCUUUCUCUUCGGUUGAGACGCGUCCUCUGGAUGACUGAGAUUUUCCUUCUGAUGGAACUGUUUAGGAGAUUAUGCCUUGUAAAACUCGAGUUUCGUUAGCAUCUUCUCUUCGUGUUUUCUUGUUUUUGCUUGUUUUUGUUUUCUCUUUGGUUUUACCCUGUCAAAUUCAGGUCUUAAAAAUCUCAUUUGAUUUGUGUGCUCAUCCUAAUUUGGAAAAGUAUUCUUGAUUCAAUUUCCGUAAAGUCGUAUGUAUGUUUGAUUCAAAUCUCAGUUGCAGAUUUUCUGGUUGUUUGGUAGAUGGUACAGCAUUACUAGGUUUUGAACAAGUUCCAAGUUUAUGAAACGUCGUAACCUGCAGCCAUGGAAUGUUUAAUUGCCUAGCUACCUUUAACAUUAAA